CCUAAAGGAAUUCAAUUCAAUUUCUUUUUUUCUAGAGAUCCAAUUCACAACAAAUGUCAUAUCAAGAGUCUGACCCAUCUUCUAUACAGAAAUACAGACAUUUCGAUUUAAUAGAACACAUUUAAAUUCUAAUUUGAUCCUAGUUAUUAAACAUUUAAUCAAGUUGAGUUUAAUAUUACUGUAUGUAUAAAAAAAAGUUUCAUCCUAAGAAAACCCAGCCAACUACAUCUACCCACUGACUUUGCAGCAAUCCCUCCGCUUGAGCAUUCAUAAGGCGGCAGUGAAAAGGAAUGACUCCGUUAUAAAAGUAAUAAAACCUUCUUCCAGACCAGAACCUUGCUUAUUUUGAGCAGCCUUCUGCCGCUACAAAGGGGUUUGAAAACACAGAGCAGAUACACAAAAAAACUUAGAGGUACUGAUCCACGAGUACUUUUUAUGUUUAAGAAAAAGUAGAGUUGAUGGGAAUGGUAUCUCCUUUAGUGGCUUCAUCUAAGAGAGAAACACACCUAAACAGAUCCGAGCCAGGAGGAAGAUGUCUGAGAUGAAUAAAGAAGCAAAUAUCGUUGGAGGUAGCAGUAGCUAGAAGAGAAAAGUGGGCGAGAUGGGAGGAGACAGUCCAGAAAGGUCCAAUCUUACUGUGUCAAUAACUAUUUAAAGUGGAAUAUCUUAAUAAAGCUGCAGGAUUAUGCACAGCCUAGAGUUCAUCGUGGUGACUUUGUUCAGACAUUUUAAAUGUUAGGGUCUCAGCAUCUGAACAGCUCUGAUAUGGCCCCAUCAGUCACGUGAUCCGCUCUGCUGCUGGAUCCUAACGGGUCUUCCCGCCUGAGAUCUGGAGUGUUUCAUGGAGGGAAGCUCCGACCACUUGGCGCUGCGUCUGUUUCACCGGCUGAGAAACGAUGCGGAGUCACAGACUCGAGCUGAAUUAACCAAUCACAGUCGUCACUCUGCCCCUAUAUAGUUAAUUGACAGGAGUUCGGACCAAUCAGAGAAGCUCCAGGUAGGAGUCCGCGGAGCAGGAAGGCGGGGCCUUAUCGCCACUCAGUAGAUCAACGGAACAAAAUGGCGGCCGUGGCUGCUGAGCCAGGAGCUGUGGUUCCGAGCACAACACGGUCAGAGGAUCCGCCAGAACCGGGACCGGGGAGGCCGGGGGACCAUGAGGUCCCGGCGGAGCCCAGCAAUUCCCCAGAAUCCAGUCCAGGCGGGAAUCCAGAGAACGGAGAAUCUGGGGAGGGCCGCCAUGUUGGUCCAGAGCAGAAGCCCGGGGCGGGACCGGUUUUACCCGGGACAGACAGAACCACAGAGGGUCAACUAGACCGGAGCCAAACCACAGAGGAUUUGCUGGACCGGAGCGGGUCCACAGACGAUUUGCUGGACCGGAGCGGGUCCACAGACGAUUUGCUGGACCGGAGCGGCGCCCACCUGGACCAAACCGCGAGCAAAGACGUUUCGGACCUCCCUGUGGACCGCAGCGGGUCUGAUAGGGUCUUUCCUGGAUUGCUGAGCUCAGAGAGUACCAGUAGCUAUCGAACCAUCUCCCUGGACCCGCAACCCCCCGCAGUGUUUCUGCACUCGGUCCCGGACCCCGCUUCGGUCUCCGAGGCCGGUCUUUCCCUGGCUGAACCGGCAGAACCUACAGAGACCACGGAACUGGACCGGUGCUAUACGAUUUUGGACCAAGAAGAGCUGGGGUCUGGACCUACGGAGGAUUCCGUUUUGGACGAGGAUCCACAACCUGGUACCAGGUUUCGUAAGAGCUCAGCGAAACACGAGAAUGGCUCCGGGUCGGAACCGAGGUCCCUGCUGGACCUAAGUCCUGGUACAGAGGUCCGGGUCAGCCUGGAGCACGUGAUCGAUGACGCGCUGGUGGUGUCAUUCCGGCUGGGGGAGCAGGUCUUCUCAGGGGUUCUGAUGGACGUGUCCAAAAGGUUCGGACCGUACGGUAUACCCAUCACCAUGUUUCCCAGACGUAAUGACCGCGGUCGUCCUCUAGUGUCUCUGCAGACAGUUACCGCUGGCAGCGAGCUGUCCACCAACCAGGAAGAGGCUUCUGUCGUUUCUGUCAUCCCUUCCCACCCCCAACCAUGGAGCUCCAAACCACCUCCACUGUUCCAGGAAGGGGCGCCAUACCCUCCUCCUCUGUUCAUCAGGGACACCUACAACCAGGCCUUACCUCAGCCACCACCACGCAAAAUCAAACGGCCAAAACGUCGCUACCGCUGUGAAGAGCCCACUUCCAUCAUGAACGCCAUCAAGCUCCGCCCACGGCAGGUUCUGUGUGACAAGUGUAAAGGUGUUGUGGCGUCAGGGAGUCACAGGGAGGCACGGCGAGGUUCGGUGGACCUGCGGAGCGAGGAGGCAUCACGACGGCGGCGACCCACAGACGUUCCGAUGUCCUCUGAGUUGAAACGUCUGAAGAUUGACGACAAGUCAGGACGCAGCGCUGCUGACAAACGCUCGUCAGGGAUACAAGUGACAUCCUCUUCUCGCCGUGUGGUUUCAUCCUCAGCAGCUUCAUCCAGCCAGAUGCGCCUGAAGUUAAACUCUAAGAAGGUCUUGACCAAAGGCUCUGACCUCCCCAACAACCGCAAGGUUCUGCAGAAGCUGGCACCACACCACCGGCCCAAAGACCAGAACCAGGACCACAGCAAGGCAGUGACUCGGGCUGCUGCACUGCAAAACCACAGUCAGAAGGUUCACUUCACCCGUCGCCUGCAACACCUGAGCAGCACUGCUAUCAGCACACCACUGCCGCCCAGAAUGCGCCUCAAACCUCAAAGGUACCGUACCGAAGAACCAGCACCAUGCGCCACCUCUGAGUCAUCACCUAAGCCUGCCACAAGCCCCACCCACACACCUCCAUCUCCUGUCACAGCUCCUCCUACAGCACCUCCUCCCCCGUGUGCAGGCACUGUCACUAUAGAAACGAAUGAGAACGAAGGGGUGCAGGAAGGAGCUGGCUGGCAGGAGGUGGAGCCCCCUCCACCUUCCUCCUCCUCUUAUUCCUUAGACUCCUCCCACUCAGAGUGCAGCUCCACAGAGACCUAUGACCUCCCUCCUCCUGGAGGCCUGCCCUCCUCUUCCUCCGGCCCCACACCUACACCUCCUUCUUCCUCCACCAAGUUAGUUCCUCGCUGCCAACCAUCUUUGUCCCCUGCUCCACCUACAGCUGAAGGUGAGGACGAGGAGGAAGGAGGUGACAUGAAGCGGCGUAGGAAGUUGUCCACGUCCUCCUCCUCCUCGUCUUCAUCCUCUUCGUCGGUCUUCUCCAAAUCAGUAUCCAAGUGUCUGUUGCCAGACGGCCGCACUGUGUGUGUCGGUGACAUCGUCUGGGCCAAGAUCUACGGCUUCCCCUGGUGGCCGGCGCGCGUGCUGGGUAUCACUGUGGCACGUCGCGGUGACACGGGACUGGCAGUGCGGCAGGAAGCGCGGGUCUCCUGGUUUGGCUCUCCGACCACCUCCUUUCUGCCGCUUGCUCAGCUCUCGCCAUUCCUCGAGACAUUUCAGUCACGCUUUGACAAGAAGAGGAAGGGGCCGUACCGUCGCGCCAUUGCAGAGGCCGCCAGUGCCGCCAAACAGCUUACACCCGAGGUCCGCGCGCUGCUUACGCAGUUCGAGACGUAACAUAGGCCCCGCCCCUAUUACACAGGCCCCCGCCCCUAACAUGAGGUGGGAGGAGCCAAACCCAGACUGAUAAAGACUGUUUCCUGUGUGGAGAGGAGGGGAGGAGCCUCACAUGGCAGGGGGCGGUGCUUGUAUCUUCCACCUGUCAGGUGGCAGCAUUUCAGCUCGCUUCACAUUUCGUUUUGUAAACUGAUGUCAUCAUUCCGUUGACCUGUUGCAUUCUAACUCUAAUUCAGGAGAUUCUCAUUGAUGAUAGGCCGACAGAGUUGACAUCAUAAUGACCUCACUCUUUUAUCAGACCUCCUGAUACAAACACUAAUAACUCAUCUGUCUCCAUAAUGUUGAGGUUAUUGAUCAAAAUGGCUGACAGUUUAAUUUCUUUAUUUUUCGAUGAUGCUGUGGCGCCCCCUUCAGGGAGGCUCGUUGGGUCAACUGUGGCUUGAAAUGCUGGCACGCUGACAUCGCUUCCUGUUGGGUUUUGACUGAAAAUAUUUGUACUUUCUUUUGAAGUUCUGUUUAGACAUUUAACUGUGAAAAUGAGUGUGGUCCAAACUGAGGCUGGGUGUCCAAAACGUGUUUGAGAGACGGAGAUACCUGUCCUAGGUGUUCCAUACACCAUCACAGCUGCUCUUUGAUUGGCUUCAAAAAUCAGUUGAGUUAAUUGGUCAGGUCCCAGUAAGUCUGGUCAGGUAUCCAUAAACUGGACCUGGUCUCUGUAAACAGAGUCGGGUUCUUAUUAAUCAGGUCAGCCCUCUGUAAGCAGGGUGUCGUGUGCUGAUCCCACAGAUGAUUUAUCUACGAUCAACGGUCUUUACAUUUCUUCCUGUUUUGAUAACGUUGAAGUUCAGAGAUGUUUUGUGCAGAUGAUGGCCUGAUCUCUCUCUCACUCACUCUGUGUUUGGAAGCCCUGAGCUUGAGUUCAUGGACUGAGGGGCACGUAGGACAGGUAGGACACACUGACUGUUAGACAGACGAGGGUGAUGAAGGUGGAUUUUCUCUCUCUGCUGUGUUACUGUCGGACUCUUUUUACCGUCUGUUUGCAGAUCAGAGAUUCUGAACCAGUGUACAUGUUUUUCUCCUGUUUUAAAUCUGUUAAUAAACUGUCAAGCUGCUCUUUGAA